AGAAAAAUUUACAUGUAUAUAUUACUAAGAUAAUAUAUACAUCUGAUUUUAUUUUUUACAAAAAGUUUAUUUUGCUCCAUUUUUCAAAAAAAGAAGGAGCGUGGGUGGCAGGCGGUUUUUAUAAAUUAUUCUUAUUUUUGAUUAUUUGUCUCUGUCCUUCCCCACCCCCUGCUGAAGCGAAAAUAAGGGCAGGGACCGCGGCUCCUACCUAUCAGUAACCUCCCAUACCCGUUCCUCCCCCUCCCUAACGCUGAGCAUAGUGCCCUGCACACAGUAGGCGCUCAAUAAAUGUUCGUGGAUGAUGAUGAUGAUGAUGAUGAAAAAAAUGCAGCAUCAACGGCAGCAGCAAGAGGACCACGCGAACGAGGCAAACUAUGCAAGAGGCACCAGACUCCCUAUUUCUGGUGAAGGACCAACUUCUCAGCCGAACAGCUCCAAGCAAACCGUCCUGUCUUGGCAAGCUGCAAUUGAUGCUGCUAGACAGGCCAAGGCCGCCCAGACCAUGAGCACGUCUGCACCCCCACCUGUAGGAUCUCUCUCCCAAAGAAAACGUCAGCAAUACGCCAAGAGCAAAAAACAGGGUAACUCGUCUAACAGCCGACCUGCCCGUGCCCUCUUCUGUUUAUCCCUCAAUAACCCCAUCCGAAGAGCCUGCAUUAGUAUAGUGGAUUGGAAACCAUUUGACAUAUUUAUAUUAUUGGCUAUUUUUGCCAAUUGUGUGGCCUUAGCUAUUUACAUCCCGUUCCCUGAAGAUGAUUCUAAUUCAACAAAUCAUAACUUGGAAAAAGUAGAAUAUGCCUUCCUGAUUAUUUUUACAGUGGAGACAUUUCUGAAGAUUAUAGCGUACGGACUGCUGCUGCAUCCUAAUGCUUACGUUAGGAACGGAUGGAACUUACUGGAUUUUGUUAUAGUAAUAGUAGGAUUGUUUAGUGUAAUUUUGGAACAAUUAACCAAAGAAACAGAAGGCGGGAACCACUCUAGUGGCAAAUCAGGAGGCUUUGAUGUCAAAGCCCUCCGUGCCUUCCGAGUGUUAAGACCGCUUCGACUUGUAUCAGGAGUGCCCAGUUUACAAGUUGUUCUGAACUCCAUUAUAAAAGCCAUGGUCCCCCUCCUCCACAUAGCCCUUUUGGUGUUAUUCGUAAUUAUCAUCUAUGCGAUUAUAGGGUUGGAACUUUUUAUUGGAAAAAUGCACAAAACCUGUUUUUUUGCUGACUCAGAUAUAGUAGCUGAAGAGGACCCAGCUCCAUGCGCGUUCUCAGGGAAUGGACGCCAGUGUGCCGCCAAUGGCACGGAAUGUAGGAGCGGCUGGGUCGGCCCCAAUGGAGGCAUCACUAAUUUUGACAACUUUGCCUUUGCCAUGCUCACUGUGUUCCAGUGCAUCACCAUGGAGGGCUGGACAGAUGUGCUCUACUGGGUUAAUGAUGCGAUAGGAUGGGAGUGGCCAUGGGUGUAUUUUGUUAGUCUGAUCAUCCUUGGCUCAUUUUUCGUCCUUAACCUGGUUCUUGGUGUCCUUAGUGGAGAAUUCUCAAAGGAAAGAGAGAAGGCUAAAGCACGUGGAGAUUUCCAGAAGCUUCGGGAGAAGCAGCAGCUGGAAGAGGAUCUCAAGGGCUACUUGGACUGGAUCACCCAGGCAGAAGACAUAGAUCCUGAGAAUGAAGAGGAGGGUGGAGAGGAGGGCAAACGAAACACUAGCAUGCCCACCAGUGAGACCGAAUCUGUGAACACAGAGAACGUAAGUGGUGAAGGCGAGACCCAGGGAUGCUGUGGAAGUCUCUGGUGCUGGUGGAAAAGAAGAGGCGCGGCCAAGACUGGGCCCUCUGGGUGUCGGCGGUGGGGCCAAGCCAUCUCAAAAUCCAAGCUCAGCCGUCGGUGGCGUCGCUGGAACCGGUUCAAUCGCAGGAGAUGCAGGGCAGCUGUGAAGUCUGUCACGUUUUACUGGCUGGUGAUCGUUCUGGUGUUUCUCAACACUCUGACGAUUUCCUCUGAGCAUUACAAUCAGCCAGACUGGCUGACGCAGAUUCAAGAUAUAGCGAACAAAGUGCUCUUGGCUUUGUUCACCUGUGAGAUGCUGGUGAAGAUGUACAGCCUGGGCCUCCAGGCCUACUUCGUCUCUCUCUUCAACCGCUUCGAUUGCUUUGUGGUGUGUGGGGGAAUCACCGAAACCAUCCUGGUGGAACUGGAGCUCAUGUCUCCCCUGGGCGUCUCUGUGUUCCGGUGUGUACGUCUCCUGAGGAUCUUCAAAGUGACCAGGCACUGGACUUCCCUGAGCAACUUGGUGGCGUCCCUGUUAAACUCCAUGAAGUCCAUCGCCUCUCUGCUGUUGCUGCUCUUCCUCUUCAUCAUCAUCUUCUCCCUGCUGGGAAUGCAGCUGUUCGGAGGGAAGUUCAAUUUCGAUGAGACACAGACCAAGCGAAGCACCUUCGACAACUUCCCACAGGCGCUCCUGACUGUGUUCCAGAUCCUGACGGGCGAAGACUGGAAUGCGGUGAUGUAUGACGGCAUCAUGGCCUACGGAGGCCCGUCCUCCUCUGGAAUGAUUGUCUGUAUUUACUUCAUCAUCCUUUUCAUCUGUGGUAACUAUAUCCUGCUGAACGUCUUCUUGGCCAUUGCUGUAGACAAUUUGGCUGAUGCUGAAAGUCUGAACACUGCUCAGAAAGAGGAAGCCGAAGAAAAAGAAAGGAAAAAAAUUGCCAGAAAAGAAAGCCUAGAAAACAAAAAAAACAACAAACCAGAGGUCAACCAGAUAGCCAACAGUGACAACAAGGUUACUAUUGAUGACUAUCAAGAGGAGGCUGAAGAUAAGGACCCUUAUCCACCCUGCGAUGUGCCAGUAGGUGAAGAGGAAGAGGAGGAGGAAGAGGACGAGCCUGAGGUUCCUGCUGGUCCCCGUCCUCGAAGAAUCUCAGAGUUGAACAUGAAGGAGAAAAUUGCACCCAUCCCCGAAGGAAGCGCAUUCUUCAUUCUUAGCAAGACCAACCCGAUCCGUGUGGGUUGCCACAAACUCAUCAACCACCACAUCUUCACCAACCUCAUCCUGGUCUUCAUCAUGCUGAGCAGCGCUGCCCUGGCCGCAGAGGAUCCCAUCCGCAGCCACUCCUUCCGCAACACUAUACUGGGCUACUUUGACUAUGCUUUCACAGCCAUCUUUACGGUUGAAAUCCUGUUAAAGAUGACAACUUUUGGAGCGUUCUUGCACAAAGGGGCUUUCUGUAGGAACUACUUCAAUUUGCUGGACAUGCUGGUCGUUGGGGUGUCUCUGGUGUCAUUUGGGAUUCAAUCCAGUGCCAUCUCGGUUGUGAAGAUUCUGAGGGUCUUAAGGGUCUUGAGGCCUCUCAGAGCAAUCAACAGAGCAAAAGGACUUAAGCACGUGGUCCAGUGUGUCUUUGUGGCCAUCCGAACCAUCGGCAACAUCAUGAUCGUCACGACCCUGCUCCAGUUCAUGUUUGCUUGCAUUGGGGUCCAGCUGUUCAAGGGGAAGUUCUACCGUUGCACAGAUGAGGCCAAAAGUAACCCCGAGGAGUGCAGGGGGCUUUUCAUCCUUUAUAAGGACGGCGAUGUCGACAGUCCCGUGGUCCGUGAGAGGAUCUGGCAAAACAGUGAUUUCAAUUUCGACAAUGUCCUUUCGGCUAUGAUGGCGCUCUUCACGGUCUCGACUUUUGAGGGCUGGCCCGCGUUGCUGUACAAAGCUAUCGACUCAAACGGAGAGAACGUUGGUCCUGUCUACAACUACCGUGUGGAGAUCUCCAUCUUCUUCAUUAUCUACAUCAUCAUCGUGGCCUUCUUCAUGAUGAAUAUCUUCGUGGGCUUCGUCAUCGUCACCUUCCAGGAGCAGGGAGAAAAGGAGUAUAAGAACUGUGAGCUGGACAAAAAUCAGCGUCAGUGUGUGGAAUAUGCCUUGAAGGCCCGCCCCUUAAGGAGAUACAUCCCCAAAAACCCAUACCAGUACAAGUUCUGGUACGUGGUGAACUCCUCGCCUUUCGAAUAUAUGAUGUUUGUCCUCAUCAUGCUCAACACGCUCUGCCUGGCCAUGCAGCACUAUGAGCAAUCCAAGAUGUUCAAUGACGCCAUGGACAUUCUGAACAUGGUCUUCACGGGGGUCUUCACCGUUGAGAUGGUUUUGAAAGUCAUCGCAUUUAAGCCCAAGGGGUAUUUUAGUGACGCCUGGAACACGUUUGACUCCCUCAUCGUAAUCGGCAGCAUUAUAGACGUGGCACUCAGCGAAGCUGACCACUAUUUCACUGAUGCAUGGAAUACUUUUGAUGCCUUAAUUGUUGUCGGUAGCGUCGUUGAUAUUGCUAUAACUGAAGUGAAUCCAUCUGACAGUGAGAAUAUCCCUCUCCCAACUGCCACACCUGGGAACUCUGAAGAGAGCAAUAGAAUCUCCAUCACCUUUUUCCGUCUUUUCCGAGUGAUGCGGUUGGUGAAGCUUCUCAGCAGAGGGGAAGGCAUCCGGACUCUGCUAUGGACCUUCAUUAAGUCCUUCCAGGCACUCCCAUAUGUCGCCCUCCUCAUUGCCAUGCUCUUCUUCAUCUACGCCGUCAUUGGCAUGCAGAUGUUUGGGAAGGUUGCCAUGAGAGAUAACAACCAGAUCAAUAGGAACAACAACUUCCAGACGUUUCCCCAGGCAGUGCUGCUGCUCUUCAGGUGUGCAACAGGGGAGGCCUGGCAGGAGAUCAUGCUCGCCUGCCUCCCUGGGAAGCUGUGUGACCCGGACUCAGAUUACAACCCAGGAGAGGAAUAUACUUGUGGGAGCAACUUUGCCAUUGUCUACUUCAUCAGCUUUUACAUGCUCUGUGCGUUCCUGAUCAUCAACCUCUUCGUGGCUGUCAUCAUGGACAAUUUUGACUAUCUGACGAGGGACUGGUCUAUUCUGGGGCCUCACCACUUGGACGAAUUCAAAAGAAUAUGGUCUGAAUAUGACCCCGAGGCAAAGGGAAGGAUAAAACACCUUGAUGUGGUCACUUUGCUCCGACGUAUCCAGCCUCCCCUGGGAUUUGGAAAGUUGUGUCCACACCGAGUGGCGUGUAAGAGAUUGGUCGCCAUGAACAUGCCUCUCAACAGUGAUGGGACAGUCAUGUUCAAUGCAACUCUGUUUGCUUUGGUACGGACGGCUCUCAAGAUCAAGACUGAAGGCAACCUGGAGCAAGCUAAUGAAGAGCUCCGCGCUGUGAUAAAGAAAAUCUGGAAGAAGACAAGCAUGAAGCUACUUGACCAAGUUGUCCCUCCAGCUGGUGAUGAUGAGGUAACCGUGGGGAAGUUCUAUGCCACUUUCCUGAUACAGGACUACUUUAGGAAAUUCAAGAAGCGGAAAGAGCAAGGCCUGGUGGGGAAAUACCCUGCGAAGAACACCACGAUCGCCCUACAGAUGCUUGAACGGAUGCUCUAGAGUUGUCUGCCUGAGCUACCGCACCAAGCUGGUUAGUCCGGAGGCGCUGUGGCUAAGGCCUUGAAAGGGCAAACUCCCCCUCGAGCUUAUUUCUACUGAAGCAGCAUUUCAGGAGAAAUGCAGGCACCAAAGCCCUGGGGAGACCCCUUGCGAGCAAGGCACUCCUCCGGAAGGAAGGAAGGAAGGCAGAAGCCGGGCUGUGUGUGGCUCAUCUGUGGAGCCCUGGCUGCCUGUUGCGGACACUGCUCAUGGUGGCUCCUUUUCAUGAAAGGGAACAUAUGAGUUAUGUUUUCCCCUUCCAAGCCAGAGACUCAGUGAGAGGGAAAGAAAGAGAGAGAGGGAGGGAGAGAGGGAGAGAGAGAACGCAAAGGGGCAGCCACCCCACAGAGAAAUCAAAUGAACACAACUUGCUGACGAUGGCCAGUGAAUAAAAUAAAUAAUGUUUUUAAUAUAUAUAUAUAUACAUAUAUAUGUGUAUGUAUAUAUAUAUGACUAAGCAGACCUGUGUAAGGCAGACAACGGACUCUGCCCCAAAGUCCUGCAUCCCUAGUUUGCCCGGACUCCCAAAGACUGGCAGGCUGAUUGGAACUGAGCAGACAGAGUUCCUUUCCUGUGCCAGCACGUCACAACCUCCUGACCACCCGGCCCUGCUUGCUGCAGUGACCUAGUCCAGAAUGCACUGUAGGUGGAAGGCCAGGAAGCUCAGACACACCCAUUGAAACUAACACAUACACCCGCAUGCCAAAACCAACCAGGCAACAGCUCAGGUUCCGUCUCCCCUACCGUGUCCGCGGGGAAACGCCACCACACCCAAACCUCAUCUACCAUUGUUCGUCUCUAGCCCGCACUCAGAGCCAGUCUGGGACGCCUCUUUGGAAGCAGUGUGGUAUAGUUUCAAGGACACUGGGAGUCAGGGAACCUGGGUUCUAGUCCCAGCUCCAGCAUUCACUUGCUGCGUGACCUUGGGCAAGACACUUAACCUCUCUGUGCCUCAGUUUCCCCAACUGUAAAAUGGGGGUAAUAAUGUCGACCUACCUCACAGGGCUGUUGUGAGGAAUCGCUACGUGACUGUAAAGGCUCCUUGGACGUAUAAUUGCUUAUUAUUAAGACUUCAACAAUAAUAAUAUCAUAUGCCUGUUUACUACCAGAACUUCAAGAAAGUCUUGGUUUGAUCUCUUUUCUGUUCUGUAAUGUAGUUAUCCAUCGAGAAUUCUCCCCCCUUUUAAGAUCCUAGGCAAUGCAUAAAGAUGUAAGCAGGUAAUAGCCAGACCACGUUUCCAAGUAGUAACAAUAGGAGAUUUUUGACCAAAACGUUGGUCGAUGAGGGCUUUGCUGUCAGAUUCUUAACACCUCCUCAGAGGGGGUCGAGUCUUAACCUCUGAAGUUAGUCUACGAUGCCCAAAAUGGCCAAGGUAGGAGAGUCAGUAUUCAAAGUUUGGGGGACGAAUCUAAAAAAAGAAGAGGCAAAGGAAAAGGAGAGGAAGAAGGUGGGGGGGCUUCCAAUUCCUUGAUCUCCUUUGCUUGGCCUGGAGCAGGGUGUGUGUGUGUGUGUGUGUGUGUGUGUGUGUGUGUGUGUGUGUGUGUGUGUGUGUGUGCGUGUGUGUGUGCAUGUGCGUGUGUGAGUGCAUGUGUGUGUGUGUUACAUUAGUGGAUGGGAUGAGUUGGUGGAGUAGAGAAUGAGUUGAGGUGAGUCGAAAUUGAGGAAGAGGGAGCCAGGACUCUGUGCAGCCCUGUUCUGCAGAAAGAAGUGUUUCUCCAAGCAUCUCUGGGGUGCAGCUACCCUGAAGGCCAGGCUCAGAUGGUAGGGCACUCCCCCAACCCCUGGUAGGCAGGAUGCUUCCUUAGACCUUUCACAGGGAAGCCUAGAAGGGCUUUUCUCUAGUCACACCUUGUAGCUGUGACAUUUGCCCUUGAUCACAGAGGUUCCCAGCCUUGAGGCUUCACUUUCCUACACCAUGGCUGACUUCCUGACCUCGCUAUGCUGACAAGCCCAGCUUUGGCUCAUGUAUGGAUGACAGUGAGACACGAAGCUAAUGUGGGUUUUAUUCAUUCUCAUGGCUUGAAGCCCCCAUGGGUGAUUGUGUUGGAGUGGGUGGGAGCCAAGCCAUACACCCUGGUAUGCCUGCCCCUUCAGGAGAGAGCAAAGCCCAUCCAUGUCUGGCCUUAAUGCUGUACCCAUAGCUGUUGCCUCUAUCAUCCAGGUCUCUCAGCCCCCCUCCCACCUUUCUCCAUGCUCUACCAACCACAGGGCUAACACUUAGCCCGGCAGGGCUCCGGGCUUACCUCUGUGAUGACGGUGAGCCACUGUGUCAGAAUCUACAGGGAACUGAUACAUCACCCUGAACGAGAGAGAAUGGUUAGCCUUGCAGAUGUGGGGGGGAAAAGACUGUCUCUUAGCCGAGAAGCUCCCCUACCCCACAUUCCCUACCCCAGCCUUGGUGUCACUUCUGUUUCUUGAUCCUCGUGUAGUUCUAAUGGGUAGGAUUGUCCAGGCCUUUCUCCAUGUGUCACCUAAACCUGUAGAAACUGGAAAACGUUAACUUGCUUACAAGCCUGAUUUAAGGAAUCCCUGCAAAUGAUGGCUCUUGGUCCUGGCUGUGUUGCUGAGGAACAGAGUUGGUUGGUCAGAAGCCAAGGCUGCUUGAGGGAAGACAGCCAGCAUCAGAGAGGGUUGCCUCCAGCUUCCACACACAGGAGCCCAGGCUUCCUGAUGUCUGGGUCACAGUGAAACCGCAGGAGCCUGUGCCAUUUUUCCUCAGAGCCCUGGCAGCAGAGUAAGCAUCUGGUGGAGAGGAAGAUGUAAGAGACUAGUUGGGUGUCAUGUUUAAAAUCUUCAAAGACAAGUACAGCAAACCUGGUACUUAGCACCUGAAUCUGUGGUGCUAAACUUUUAGCCCCUGGGUCAAAUGUGUCAGAGACCAGCAUCUGCCUGUCACAGGGAAUUCACAGCAGGGUGGGAAGUAGACUCUUCUCCGAAUCAAAUGUCACGGUAUGACCCAAUUCAGAAUUAGUCCCCAAGAUGACCAGCACAGCUUUCUGGAAGAGAGAGGAAGGCCGUUCUGUACUGAGAGGAGUCAUUGUUAGGUCCCAAAGACAUCAGUGAAAAAGUUAAGGCAAAUAUCUAAUAGUAAAGACUCUAAUGAACGCAUUCUCUUUACUAAUGUGCACCCAGUGUCCUUCAGUAGCCUAAUGCAUCACUGCUCCGUUAUCCACAGCAAGGGGCUUGGUGAGUAAAACUUAGGGUUCUCAGGUGAGGGGUACCUGGGCAGACUUACUCUCCUUGGUUAUGUCUCAGGCCUGAGAAAGUUGACUCUGGGACAGUAGAGAGACAACCCAUGAUGCAGUGUUGAGGGCAAGAAGCCAUGGUAUACAGCAUGCCUGCCAUACUGGAACUUGAGAGGAAGAGGUAGAGAAACGCAGGAAGAGCUGAGCACUAACCGAGAGGCCAUGACCACGCUGCUGGGUGGAGAACAGAUCAGUCAGCAGCACUCGCAGUGAGACCAUGGCUGUGCUGCUGGGUAGAGACAGAUGGAUCGGCAGUUCCCAAACAUUUCGAUCCUAGGAACUUUCCUAGUCUUAAAGUUUAUCAAGAGCCCUUGUAUAUCAAUAUUUACUGUCUUAUAAGUCAAAGCCGAUUAAUUUUAUAAACACAAGAAUACGUAAGCACAAAGAGGCCGGGUGGUGGUGACAGCCCUGUCGUUCAGCCUUGGAAACCUUGCUGCACACUCAGAGAAUGAGAAUCUAUGAGGCCAAGGGCAUCCAGUCUUACAUGACCCCCAGGGACCCCUGAAGUUGCCCCAGGAUGCCUUGAUGGACCACGUCUUGAAACAUCACUCUGGGGAGAUGACCCAAAGUUCUCCUUAAAGGCAGAAGAUGCUGGAGCCUCGCCCUGACCGUCUGUGCUCAGGAGGCUCCCAUGUAGCUGCAGCUCUCCUCAGUGGGCUGCUUCUGCCCCUCCUCAGCCUGUGCAACACACACGUCCUUGAGGUCAGGGGUCAAGCGGUGUGGCCAUGCCUCACUCUCUGUGCUGACCUGGAAGAGCAGUGGUUAGAAUUAGCGAGUGUUAGAAAUGUGUUCGAAUCCUCGCCACCUCUGCCUAGCACAAGUGGGAAUCAGGGUGUGUGUGUGUGUGUACGUGUGUAACAGUAAGGGAUCAUUUGUCACGUCCGUGUUGUGGGGUGAUGUAAUGGUGAGAAUAAGGGUGUGUGCGAUGGCCCCAGAGCAUCGUGAAGUCCAUGCGCUGGGAGCGAUCUAAUUGCUUGCCUAUGUUAGAAGGAUCACCUUGAAUGAGUGUGUGCUCGAGACACGGUUACCACCUUCUUCCCUGCAGGUUGCUAGGCAUCCUGGGAAGAGCAAAGCUUCUUCUUGAGGCUUUAACAAGUUCUGGAAUACAGUAGAACCCAUUGCAUCUCCUUUUGGCUCAUUCCUUCUCAGUAUGUGGGCUCAAGAUGACAGGAAUAGAAUACUGCCAAGGGAGCCUAAAAUUUUGGAGCCUAAAUUUUAUAUAACGCCAUCUGCAUUUUUAGGAACCAUUCAAAGAUGUCUCUGAUUCUGAUGUCAAACUUAAACCAGGAAUCGAGGUGGAAGGGUUGGUAGUGAGGCUCAGUGGUCCUUGCUUAGCAUACGUGAGGCCCUGGUUUAAUCCCCACCAAAAUAAGGUGGAACACUGCAACUGGUCUCUCUGGUCCUUUGCCGUCAUAGGUGGCUGAGGUAAAGUUGUUAAAUAUCCCCUGUAGCUUUCAGAAUGUGGUGGCACACGUGAUUUGACCAGCCUAGUGCCGCCCUUCUACUCCUGGUGUGAUGACUAGUCAAGGAGAGGGGGGCUGUCUGCAGCUGAGUAAUGGCGUGUCAUGCCUGUGACUCUAACCCUUUAUAUCAAACCCAAGAACUGUACACAAUGGAUGCAAAGGCCACGCCAUGACAUUCCUCCUGGAGGGAGGCUAUGAUAAAAUAAGGGGUGUGCCCAUGUGUGCAGAGGAGGGGUGGGGGCGGGGUGGGGGACGGAACGUAGACAAACCUGUUCGUUCUGUCAGAAUUUAAUCUCCCAUCUUCUGACAGAGAGCUAAUCUAAAACCGUUCUCUGUAACUGAGUGUGGGCCCAGUCCUGCCCCUCCCCCUCCCCAUUAUCCAGAACUUGUCAUUCGAGAGGUGACUGCGUAGAGGCGGCUUUGGUUAAAUGAGGCGUGUCUGGGUGAGGAGAGGGCUGUGCCAUGGUAGUGCUCAUUGGCAGGAGUCUAAAGCCCUGGCGCCCACAUCGUGAAGAUGGAGGGCCUUUCCCAGGGCCGGCUGGAGACUUGCCUGUCUGUCCUCCACUGCUACAGCGUACGUACGUAGGUCUGGGCUGGGGCUGGGUGUUUGUGUGUGCGUGCUGUGGAGUGAGAGUUGGCAGAUGGCUGGCCCGAGGAAGCAGGCAGCAGAUGCUUUUCAGAUGCAUCCAGACAGACAGCACUCCACCCUGCGGGUGAACCAGGCAGGAAAAUGGGCAGUUCUGCCCCACAGCAGGGCAUUGUUUUAUCCUGUUGCUUCAGAGAUGUUUAGAGAGAAUAUAUUUUUGGUGACUUAAUCAUUAAGUAGAGUAAAUAUCUAUAAAAUUCCAAUUAAAUGGUGUCUAAAACUUAAAGGAGCAGUCUACAGGCAAAACGCCAACAUUUCUUUUUUUAAAACAGAUAUUUAUGAUAACAGCUAGCAUUUUAAAGUCAACCAGAAUCUAGGCUUGAUCCUGUUUAAUAUUUUGUAAGAUUGGACAUCUUAAAAUGAGUCAAUAAUGUUUAUAUUUUAUAGCAGUUCUGUGUUUAUUCAAAACUAUAACUCUACUGUGCUGUUAAUGGAAUGACUUUAUAUGGCUGUGUGGAUUUAAGUGCUAAUGACCACAUUUCAAAUUAAAACAAUAUUUUUGCUGAUAGAGAUAGAUAUACAAAAUAUGAAAGAGUAGAAAAUUUUACUGACUGUAAUGUGCAAGAAAAAAAUACUUUUUUUUAGUGUUGUGAAUGACUAAAUUCUCUGAGGGUUUAAGGUAGUGGUCUGUACUUCUGGAACACUGGAUUCUGUGCCUAUGGGAUUUGGGAACAGCCUAAGCUACCUUUUAGCCUGAUAUGUGUGCUAGGACAAUUCUCAUUCUCAUGUUUUGUGAUAUGUAAUAAAUUCAGGGUGCUGUGCUUAAGCUCCAUUUCAAUUCUAGUUGGGAACCUAUGUGUUGGUCCCCUGCCCCAGGUCCUACCCAAGAGAGCGAAUCCGCCCCACUCUUACCAGGUGCGCUUUGCGAACUAGGAUCAUGGGUUCAAAACCCUCCACUUUCACAUCUGGGAAGAGUGAUGCCUUCUCUCCUCCUGUCUCUUUAAAUAAAUAUGUUGUCAUUAUUUGUUUGGGGAAGUGGUACCCCAAGCCACCUGUCAACCCUCUCCAUGAUUUAUGUUGCAAACAAACCUUCUGUCUGUUUACUGCCCAUCCCUGUCAACGACAUCCUAAUCUCGUGUAACUCUGAAGAUGUGUGGGAGACAGUUUCUGUUUUCAUUAUGUAACUGUUACAUGUGUAUUUCAGUGAAAUGUCAACUCAUCAACAAAGGAUGAUGUUACAAAUUAUCCAAAUAAAUAGUUUUCUAUUUCUUU